GCGGGGUUACAAUUAAGUCGAGAGAGGCUUAUGCUAGUCUUUCAAGCUGCACAGAGAAAAAGAAAAGGAAAAACCAAAGCUCGUACAUUUUUCUUAAAGCCAACUAUAUAUACUCUCCUUAAAACCCUUUGUCAGCUUCUUCCCCUUGCCGUCUUUCAGGCUCCAUUUACUGAUAGCCCCGACCCGAUUUACGAAACCCGAUUCAGAAAGUACAAUCGAAUCGAUGCUUCUUAUCGUCUUAAUCUAGAUUACCAAAUCCUCGUUUUGUCGAAAAAACCCUAGCGAAGUCCCCCUGAUCUCUCUUCAACAUGGGAGAUUACAACGAUGCCUUCAUGCGCAACCAAAACGCCGCUGUUCAGGCCCGCGUUAAACCCCCUCAGAACCGCGCCAAUAUCCAACAGCUCAAACUGAUUGGACAAAGUCAUCCUACUGGUUUAACAGCCAAUCUUUUGAAGCUCUUUGAACCUCGACCUCCAUUGGAGUUUAAACCGCCGCCGGAGAAGAGAAAAUGUCCUCUGUACACAGGAAUGGCACAGUUCGUGAGUCACUUUGCUGAGCCAGGAGAUGCUGAGUACGCUCCGCCUGUUCAGGAAGCUGAAACACCUGCACAAAGAAGAGCCAGAAUUCAUAAGUUACGACUAGAGAAGGGUGCAGAGAAGGCUGCUGAGGAGUUGAAAAACUAUGAUCCCAAUAACGACCCAAACAUUUCAGGUGAUCCUUACAAGACAUUAUUUGUUGCUAGACUUAAUUACGAGACAUCCGAGAGUAGAAUUAAAAGGGAGUUUGAAUCUUAUGGACCGAUUAAGCGGGUUCGGUUGAUUACUGAUAAAUCCACAAAUAAACCCAGAGGCUAUGCUUUCAUUGAGUACAUGCAUACUCGGGAUAUGAAAGCUGCUUAUAAACAAGCUGAUGGAAGGAAGAUUGAAGGAAGAAGGGUUCUUGUGGAUGUUGAGCGUGGUAGGACAGUCCCAAAUUGGCGUCCUCGUAGGCUAGGUGGUGGCCUUGGAACAACCAGGGUUGGAGGUGAAGAUGUUAAUCAAAGGGAGCAACUGCAAUCAGGACCAUCUCGUUCUGAGGAGCCAAGGAUUCGAGAGGAUCGACAUGGUGACCGGGACAGGGAAAUCCCGUGAAAGAGGAAGGAACGGGAGAGGGAACAAGAAAAGUCUCGUGAGCGCUCCCAUGACAGACCAAGGGAUCGUGAUAGAGAGGAUAGGCACCACAGAGAUCGUGAAAGAACUAGAGACAGAGAUAGGGACAGAGAGAGAGACCGUGGUCGUGAUCGCGAUCGAGCACGUGAUCGUGAUCGAGCUCGGGAUCGUGGUCGUGACCAUGCGGAUAGAGAAAGAGAUCGUGACCGUGAACGUGAGAGGGACACAGACAGGGAUUAUGAUGUUGGUGACUAUGAUCGUGAUCGUGGGCGCUCUAGAGAUAGGGAAUCUGAUUAUGACCGUGUUGAAUCCAAACAUGAUCGGGACCGGCAUAGUGAGAGGGAUUAUGAUCAUGGUGAGCAAGAUGAGGAUCAUGGGUGGUAUGAACAGCAUGAGCAUGGCCAUAGGCGUUCAGACCUAGAUGACCAACAUUAUGAGCACUAUGAGCAUCAUCGAGGUCGGGGAGAUUAUGAUUUGGAUGCCCAUGGUGGCCAUGAUCGUUAUGAUCAAUAUGCUGACCAUGACCGUGAUCGUUAUGAUGGGGUGGAAGAAGAUGAUUAUAGGUGAUUAGAUCGUAAGACAGAAAUCAUGUUCCGGAGCAUGAAGAUCAGUGUCAGUUGGUCACUCUUCUUUAGUGUGAGCUGCUUUUUCUCCUAAUGCACCUUGGUCUAGUUAAGAUCUCAAGGAAACAGUUUUCUAUGUGCUUUCUCUUUGAUGUGGUGAAUUCUGAGUUCAGGAGGUUGCCUUUUGGAGUUGGAACCCUGGUACUAUGUGCAUGGCAUCUCUGUUUUACUUUUAUUUUAUUUUAAAAAUUUCUUGACAUACUCGCUAUGUGGUUUUAAGCUUUUAUCCUAUCGACCUAUUGUGUUUGCUCUCCUUUCGAGGACGCUUGAAAUGGGUAACUAAUGUUAAUUGUAUCAUUGUCGUUCUGAUGCU